AUGAUCACAUUUUAUUGUUACUAUUGUUGGCCUGUAGGCACUGAAAUUGCUUUGGGUAACUUUAUUGAGCCCUACUACUUAUGUACAACCAAUGGUUAUUUAACGCCACUUGAUACAAUCAGCGAAUUAAUAAUUAUUGACAAAUCGAAAUUGGCCAAAAGUAACAAUAAUACUCAUAAAAACAAUAUAAAAAUCGAUAUAGAUGAAAUUAAUGUUGUUGUUAUCGGGACGCUAUUAACAAUUAAUUUUGCGAGUAUUUCAUCAAAUAAAAGUGUUAUAGUCCGGAGCCAAAAGUACUUUAUAUAUAACAACAAACAAUGCACUUAUGGUGUAUACACAAAGAACAGUUUUACUUGUCUGAAUUAUUAUUCAUGUACCAACUUAUAUUUCUCUACAACUCCAUCAAAGUGUAUUGAAUAUCCAAUUGAAAAAUGUGUUUCUUGUUUAAGUACAGGAAAGUGUAUUAAAUGUGAAACGUAUUAUCUUUUGGAUAGUAAGAAUACCACAUGUACACUAUUUCAUAUAGACAACUGUUUGAUAUCUCAAAAUAAAAUUUGCUUGAAAUGUGACGAAGGUAAAUUGUUAGAAAAUGGUUUGUGUGUAUCACCCAAGAACAAUUGCCAACAAUUUGAUAUCGAUACAAAUUGUUUGUUAUGUGACACAACACGGAAAUUGAAUAUUAAAGGCAUUUUAUGUGAACCAGUUGAUAUUAAAAAUAAUUCUUAUUCACAAAGAAACAUUAUUUCUUGUGUUGAUGGGUACUUUGUUUAA